CACGAGUUUUCCCACUAACCGUAACAACGAACUUAAGACAUUUCGAUUUCACAAUCAUUAGGUAGUAAGGCUUAAAAACCGAGCGAAAACUUUCUAGUUGGUGAUUUUUCCGAAGCUUUGUUUGAAAUUUUCACGGUUCUACGUUCAAAAUAUAGGAAUCUCUUGAGAUAUUCUGCGUUUUUGUUCCCAGCCAUAUAAAAUCAAAAGUGCACGGCCUAAAAUGGGUAGUGCGCCUUCGACACCCAACCACAGCCAGGAGCAAUUGAAUGAUCCUUGGUGGCCGCUUGAAAACGAACAUUUCAGUUUAGCUCUUCCCCCAAAUGUAGUCCCAGCAAGGGUUGAUCUUGAAAGGAUUAAUAAAAGUAGUGCUGGUGUUAAUGAAAGAAGUAGUGAUAUAAAAGUGGAUAGUGAACUUUCGAAUAAGACAAAUCUGUCUUCUGAAGAGAAAUCUGAUAAAGAGGUUGCAAAGAGGAGUGAACGUAGGGAACAGACCUUAGAGGAGUUCAAGGAGAAUUUGCAGCAGAAAAGGAUGGCUCGUCAGAGUGCUGUUGCGGAUAUUCGUAAUGAGUUAGAAACUUUGCGGAGCCAGUUGGCAGCGGAGAGAGAAGUGAACAGGCAAUUGAGGGCAGGAGUCAACGUGUCGCAAGCCAUGUGUGAUGCUUGCACGAGCACCGACCCAUAUGAAGUGCCUGAGCCCAAAAGCCUUUGUGAGAACGAUGAAACAGGGUCAAGUACUGCGUCGCUGAGAGCGCAAUUGGCAGAGGUACAGCUGUCGCUGCAAUUAGCUAAUGCCGAUAAUUUGUCAUUGACAACUGAGGUGGGAGUCGUUCGAAAGCAGGUCGCAUCGCUGAAAAAAGUGAUUUCAUGCAGUAAAGAAAUGAUUAAAGUACGUGAGGAGCAAGUUGUACAGCUCAAGGCAAAACUGCAGGAAAUUGAAAAUUCCUUAGCUGAACGCGAACUAAGGAUUAUGUCCGAUGAUCUACGACAGGAAUACAAUCGGCAGCUCGCCAAUAUUCGGAAUUUGCGACAACUGUACGAGGAGAGAGCACGUGUAAGUGCGGCGGAGCGGGAGAACUUACUUCGUCAGGUCUCAAUCAAGAAAGAUGAAUUAGCCGCAGAAACUGAAAAAGUGAAGAAUUUUGAGGAACGCGUUUCGUCAUUGGAAACAGAGUUGAACGCCACACACAAAAGUUUAUCAGUAUCGAAAAUACAAUGCGAGGAAUUCAAAUUUGAAAAUAAAGGACUCAAAGAGGAAAUGGCCGCAAUAAAUACGCUUUUCAGUCAAAUGUUGACCGGAUUCAAUGGAGUCAAUAACCUUGAUAUUGAUAGGCUCACCACAAUGCUCGAGGAAAAUCGAACACUUUUGAAUGAGAUGGCCACAACUGAAACAGACUCAGAAGGAGCAUGCCUUCCAAAACUUCUGUUCGAGAUAGUGAAGGAGGCAAAUAAUGAAGACGAUACAUCAGAGACACUUAAUGAAAGCAGCGAUGAGCUGGACACAGCUCGAAGCAACCUCCGCCUCUCUUCGUCCCAAGAAAUUAUUGGCAAUUUACCAAAAGUCUGGCGAGUUCUAAUGGAAUUACUUAACCACCAGAAGAUAGCCCAAGUUGAGUUUCAGGAAAAUGGACAAGGGGAAGAUUGCUACAAAUCCAUUCAAACACCGACUGGACCAAAGGUAGAGCUGAGUGUCAGCAAAACGUACAUAAAGCUAAAGGACCUAAUCUUGGAGAAAAAGGCGCUACAGAAGGAAACUACUCGAUUGAAAACUUUGAACGGACAUUUGGAGCGACGAUUGAAUGAUCAGGAGAAGCGACUGAGCACUGUGAGUUUGGAACUUACAAAAACUUGGCAUCUGGUUGGGAAGAUGCAACGGCAACAUCGUCAAUUACACACCCAUGAGCAGAUCCUGAGAUACCAGUUGCAGCAGAAAAGAAGACAUUUGAAUGAAUUGAAAGAUGAACUCGAAUACUGCAGAAGAAAAUGGGCUGCGGCCCGUGCCAAGAAUGCCGAAUCACAGAUUCAAUGUGAAGAUUUACGUAGGGAGUUUGCUAGUAGGAAGCUACAGGAUGCUAAUAAUUCCGCAGAAAGUGGAUACAGUGAUGGACCGUUGUCGGAUGAUGACGAUGUCGAUGUGUCAAAGAAAGACUAUUCAAAUCUUUUCACCGUAAGUCGAAAGCUUGAAAGAACCCGUAGCCAGUCCCCAAAUCGAUCUGUUUUUGAUGGGCUGCUGAAACGCGGAAAUAGUGCUCCUCAUAUAGCUGCUUUUUUGACGGAGCUCAUGCAUACCACGAAAGAAAUUGCUAGUGAAGUCCCUCCGCAAAAUGUAGCUGCAAGUAGUGUAGUGUUUGAAGACGUAUUAGCAAGAGCUACAGUGGUUGAUCCUCCUAAGGAAGUAGCCAUCUCGACAGUGGUUUCUAAUCCCCUUCCUGUCAAACAAGGUCUAGUUCCUAGUAGAGCCAAUAUAUCUGGAGUUGCUUCGAGUUCCUCAGGUACGGUUCCUAAACGAGGAGUUAAGCUCUCUAGGAGCAGGCGAGAGGAAAAGAAAAGCAAAACUAAACCUGAAGAGGAAACUUUGGAGGAAAUGUUUUACAGGAUUGGUGGCGAAGUGAAGGAACCCACAUUAGAUUCAAUGGAGGAUGCUGAGGAGAAACGCAUUGACCGAGCAGCGCGGAUUCAACGACUUGAAAAUCAAUGUAAAUCGCUAAUUACUCAAGUGAUCGAAACUUCAACCUGCCGUGAUCAACUUAACGAACAACUAAGUCGAUUCCAGGAAGAAUUAGAACCAGUGGCAAGUGGAUCAGCCACGCAGUCAACCAAUGAUGAUGGAGAGCAAUCUACUCGGCGAGCGGAAAGAUUAAAACGUUUAGAAACAGAAAGCGAACAAUUACUUAAGCGAAUAAAAAAGACAACUGAUCGCGGCAAAACAAUGACUUCUCGCUUAGAUUACCUUCAUUCACGUAUGACGAGUAGAGAAAGUAGCUUUGAUGAAUCGGAAAGUGCGAGGGGUUCACCUAAACCUCAUUCUAAUGAGGACCAGUUUCCUAAGGGCUCUGAUCCUGAAACUCGGGCUGAACAUCCUGUAAAGCUGACUGAAACUGAAGAGGCAUACUUGGCAAGAAGGACUGAAAGGAUCCAAAGACUCGAAGAGGAAAGUAGACAAUUGCAAAACGCGGUUGCAAGAAAUACGCAAAGGGGAAUAGACUUAAGUUCAAAACUGGAUGAUUUGCACGAAAAGUACGGAGCUAGUGCCAUUGAUGCUAGCAGUCCCAAGGAGGUGAACGAGUCGGAUGAAUCAAAAGCCACUGAAUCUGAUUUAUCAGUAAACUCAGGAGAGAUGACGAAGGCUGACCCAUCUGAGGACACAUUUCCAACUGAUCGGGAUGGAUCUUCGAAAGAGGGCUGCAAUUCACAUGAGGGAGAAAAUGUAAAGAGGGAUUCCGGUGGCAACGAAAAUCCGUGAAUAAAGUUUUUGUUUGAAUGAUUAGAUUAGGUUUCCUUUUAACUAGUUAUUUGUACAUGUAUACUAUUCAGGGUGUUUUUGAUACAAAUAAAGUUUAUCGAGCAUAUUA